GAUACAGCUGCGUGUCCAUCGUAAAUUGGGCGAGGUCGACAGCACACCGCUAUUUAGUCUUCAGUCGCGCUCAAGAUCCUUACUGGAGAAAGCAGCUGCUGGAGAUGGAGGCCUCUAAGGAUGCUGCGUCAGAGCUGGAGAGUAGCAUGGCCACUAUCAUUAAAGUUUUCCAUAAAUACUCCGGUGACAACUGCACGCUCAGGAAGGCAGACCUUAAAGCACUCAUCAACAAUGAGAUGUCUCACUUCAUAAAGAAAAUUAGGAAGAAGAACAUUCUGGACAAGCUUUUCGCUGAUCUGGACCAGAACGGAGACCUGGAGAUCGAUUUCAAAGAGUUCAUAGCCCUCAUCGCCAUGGUAACCUCGGCAUGUCAAGAAGUUAUCACUCCGAGCCACAACCACUGAACAGUAUGUUUACACCGAAUCCCCAUUAAACAUCUGAGGAAAACUGGA